UCCGCCUUUGAGAAACCGAGAUAGCCUGACGUCAAUCAUCUCUUUAAUUUAUGCAGGAUAGUACUAUAUAUAUGGACUUUGUUGAGUCUCUAGGAGAUAUAGGGCCCCAGGACAGUCAGGGUCGAGGAGCUUAAAGGAGCCAAAAAGCAGGAACAUAGAACAGCUUCAAUCUGAAGGUGUAGGUCUGAACUUUCCUUUUCUUUCCUCUUGGUAUUAGAGUUAAUGAUCCAAAUGUAGUAAUGUAAACAGGAUAAUCCAAGACCAAAUUAUUUGUAACAAGUUUGUUUGUUUGUUAUGCCUUUUGGAGUUUAGCAAAAAAGAUGAACAAAUUGAAAAAAACAGGAGCAAAACAUUCAUACAUUGUCAAUAAUGUCUUUUUGUAGAGAAUUGGAGCAUUCACUCUGCAAUUUAGAGAUCUAAAUGUGUUUCUUUUUCUCCACAGUUUCCACAGACUGACCAUGGUUGGGUACAAGCUAGAAGUCACAACAGGUGACUUGACAUUUUCAGGAACAUGGGACCACAUAUACGUCACCUUAUUUGGAACUGAAGGACAGAGUGAGAGAACCGAGUUGGACAACUUUGGAUUUGACUUUUCAACUGGGACAACAGGAACCUACACCCUGAGCACCGAUCUGUCUCUGGGGAAACUUCUGCUGUUCAAGUUGGAGAAAGAUCCUUUUUCUUAUCUCCCAGAAGAUGAGUGGUACCUCUCCAAAAUAGUGGUGACGACCCCAGAAGGAGAAGCCAUUCUUUUCCCCUGUCACAGAUGGAUCUCUAGAGGAGAACUGGUGGAGCUCAGAGGAGGCAGAGCCUUGAAGGGAUUUGAGGAGGACCAUCCCCUGUUGAUUGAACACCGUGAAAAAGAGCUGAUGCUUAAAAAGAGUGUUUACCAAUGGAAGAUUUGGGCUGAAGGUCUAUCCCACAUCAACCAUUUCAAUAAUAUGUGGGAGCUCCCAGCUGAAAUGCGAUUCUCUCUGUCCAAAUCAUCUGAACUGGUUUAUGAGAAAUUUAAAGCUGUUAUUGAACUGAAGAUCAAGGGAAUGCGUGGAUCUACUGAGAAAUGGGAAAGCAUUGAAGACAUGAAAAAUAUCUUCUGGUGGAAGAAGACACCAAUGUCAGAGUACGUUGCAGAGCACUGGAAGGAAGAUGACUUUUAUGGAUCCCAGUUCCUGAACGGAGCCAAUCCCAAUGUGAUCAAGCGCUGCUCAGAGCUUCCCCCAAACUUUGCAGUCACAGAGGAGAUGGUGAAGCCGUUCCUGGAAGAGGGAAGCUCUCUGCAGGAGGAACUGAAGAAAGGCAAUAUAUUCCUCUCUGACCAGAAGAAGAUGGAUGGAAUACCCCCGAGAGUCUAUAAUGGAGAACCUCUGCACGUGACUGCUGGUCUCUGUUUGUUCUACUUGAACCCAGAAAACAAACUGAGGCCCAUUGCAAUACAGUUGCUUCAACAACCUUCUGCUCAGAACCCCAUCUUUCUGCCCAGCGACUCGGAGACUGACUGGCUGCUGGCCAAGAUGUUUAUUAAAAAUGCUGAUGCCAUGGAUCAUCAAGCAGUCCAACACCUCAUGAAAAUUCACUUUCUGGCAGAGGUCUAUACUGUUGCUGCUCUCCGCAGCUUCUCUGUGAUUCAUCCCCUCUAUAAGCUGCUGAUUCCACACUUCCAUUCUACUCUGAAUAUAAACAUUGAAGGGCGCUCAAAUCUGUUUGGACCUGAUGGGGCUAUGAGUAUAAGUUCACUUGGAGUUGACGGACUGACGGAGCUCAUGAGAAGGGCUCUCUCUGAAACGACCUACAGCUCUCUCUGUCUGCCAGAGGACAUCACUGCACGAGGACUGGAAUCCAUCCCCAACUUCUACUACAGAGACGAUGGCCUGAAGCUGUGGAGCAUCAUCAACAGCUUUGUGAAGGCCGUAGUGGAGUACUACUAUCCCUCAGACAGUGAAGUGUGUAAAGACACUGAGCUGCAGGAAUGGAUCAGUGAGAUAUUCACACAUGGCAUCUUGGGAAACAAAGCCUCAGGGUUUCCAGAGAGCUUUCAUACUGCCGAGGAGCUGACCAAAUUCAUCACCAUGGUGAUCUACACAAUGACCGGUGAACAUGCUGCAGUAAACAAUGGCCAGUUUGACAACUUCUCCUGGGUGCCAAAUGGCUCACUCCUGCUGUGCAAGCCACCUCCAACCACUAAGGGCCAGUCGAGCAUGGAGACACUUUUGGAGACUCUCCCAAAUGUUGGUGACACAGUCAACUUGGGAUCAGUCGAAUGGAUACUUUCAGAGACGUACUCUGCCAAGGUUCCCAUAGGUACAUGCCCCAAAGAGCGAUUCAAUGAGCCUGCUCCAAAGCAGAUGAUUAAGGAAUUUCAAGCAGAGUUGUCCUCCCUCAGUGAAGCAAUUACAUCAAGAAACUUGCAGCUUGAAAUACCUUACAGCUACCUGGACCCUGCUCAGAUCGGGAACAGUGUUGCUAUUUAACUCGAGCUGUUUCAUCUCUCUGCAUGAGGAAACUACAUCAAAACUCUUUCAACAUCUGUCUUGCAUGCUUGGUUGUGGGUUAAACUUUUGGACACUAUAAUCUAGGGCUAGGCUGUAUUAUGUUAAAUCGGCCUAAGAUGGGAAACCUGUAUCUUUGUGUAAAUCAUGUUUUACAUAGACAUAUGGAAUUAAUUAAUUAAAUUAGCAAUUUAGGGAGCAAAUGUUUAUGUUGCAGCACAUUGCAUGUGUUUUAGGAUACAUUGAACACCAAUUGGCAAUCUAAAUGGAUACUUUAUAACAUAAGAAAAUAUUGGUCGUUCAUAAAGUGCAGAUCUGUUGGUAAUCAGCCCAGCUGAGGACAAUCUGUGUUGCUAUUUAACUCGACUCUGGAAGAUGUAGAAAUAGAUUAAUAGAAAAUAGGUCGUAUAGAGACACCGUAGAAUUAUAGUGGAGCACUGAGCACCGUGGCCCUGUGUUGGCCACACACAAACACACACACACACACACACACACACACACACACACACGCACAUGCCCUCUCUGACCCAUACACACACACACACACACACACAUGCCCUCUCUGACCCCUCACACACACACACACACAUACACAC